AUGUCCUUAUCAUCAGGCUCGUGGCAUCACGAAUACACUAGCUCAGACGACGAUACAAGCUCUGUGGAGGCAGACUACUUUGAACAAAAAAAUCGCGUAGUCUUCCCACCUCUCAUGCCCACCGUGCAAGACCGUCACGUUUAUGAGCGCGAGAGGAAACAUAUUACAGACUCUAUCACGGACAAAGUCUCUCGACUCGAGAAUUCACGGAGCUCCGUCCCUAGCCUCAUCGAUUCUGAUGCAUCUUCGGUGGCGUCCAUGGCAUCUCUGGAUGACGGUAUACAGGAGUUAUGGGUACAGAUGAAGGAUCGUCGUCAGCAAGUGAACUCGCUGAAGCAAGACAUGGCCGGCCGGCGUAAGGUUCUUCGAGACCUGCGGCGCAGAAAGGAUGAAGCCGACAACAACUUCAUGAACAUGUUGCGCCCAAUCCUUGUCAAGGGUCGGCGUGGUCUACCCGGAACAUCCGACCAAAUGUUGGAGGCGCGAUUUGCCGAGAUGCAGGCACUUCGAACAGAGUACCACUCUAUCGAAUUUGACUAUGAGGAACACGAGGUCUCACUAGACGAAGAAGAGGAAGACCUCAACAACACUGAAACUCGCUUUUUCAGUCUCUUGGCCGCCGGUAGCAAGAGACAACCACGGCCAAGGAUGCGAGAUGAGGAUUCGGAGGACGACGAAUUUGAAGAGCAACCGGAUGUGCCAUAUGAACUCACCGGUAUCUCCCGCCACGGACCUUCCGACGAUGCCCAUCCGCUUUGGCAAGACCUUGUGUCUGCUAUCGGGGACUUGAAUAACGCCAAGGAAGAGUACGACGAUCUCCUGCUGUAUCACAGGCAAUACACGUACAGCAUGGACGUUAAGAAAUCGACUGGGAUGAAGCCUAGUGCGGAAGAAGUCGAAUUCAUGGACGAAUAUCCGGAAGAGGAGCGCGAGAAGCGUGAGGACGUCGACCGCCUGACAGAAGAGGUUACCAGGCUGAAGCGGGUUUGCGAAGAAAAUGGUGCAAUGAAGAAGCAUCCGUCCUUCGAAAUCGCACACGCCCUCGACCCCAACAUUGGCGAAGACAUGGCACUCGACAACACGCCCCCAAGAUCCGGAUCAAUGGCCCAUGGUCGGUUUUCCGAACUCUUGUCCCAUCCAGACCAUGUACUUCGUCCAGAGCCGGUGACUGCCAUUGAGGAGGUGAGGCGCGCUGCCAAGAUCUAUGCGGCGAACCCAGCUACGCUACCGCAGUUGCGGGCGUCUCAGAAGGAACUGGGCAUUUCUAGGCUGAUCAGCGAGUUCAAGGAAGAGGAUAAGUCUGAUUUUAUCACGCGGUGGCUCCUGCAGCAGCUGCGUACUUCGCCGAUUGCCGUUGAACUUCUUUAUUCCACGUUUGUACACACUCUUCGGCUAAGGAUUGGCAACGUGCACAAGUGGCAGCAAGACGUUCUGUACCACUGGUGGAGAGACGGUGCUGUCAAAUCGCCGGAGGAGUUUUUUGGCCCGCUUACGGGAAGUGGGAUGGUGUCACCAGGGCGCGAGGCUUCCCCUGAACACACAUCUCUGCCUCCAGAGCGCGAGGUGCGCAUAUCUGCACCAUCGAGAGCGGCGACGGAAGAUUGGUCGAACGGUAAUCGACGCAUAUACCCCGAGGAAGCGAGCCGAUCGACUGAAGUUUAUUGA